AACAAACAACUUCUUCUUGAGAGGGUUGAAGGAAGGGGUGGUGCUUUGCAUAUUAUACUAACAAACCAAUACCCAGUUAUCAUAACAACAACAAACCAAUACCCAGUUAUCUACACAUGAUUUUAAGGAAGAUGCAUUGUGAUUUAUGAUAUGCACUUAAUUCAGCUUUUCAGCUUCUUCUUCUUCUUCUUCUGACAAAGGAUCCAGUGUUCCACCAGAUUCCUCGUGAAUGCACAUAAAAAUAUAACAAAACCUAAAUAAUAUUAUUAUCUAGUUCGGAGGAGGAGUACUUGAAUCGAACCAUGCCGCUGGUAAAUGCCGUCCAGCCGUUUCCUCACAUCGGUUGCAGCAACCACCGCCUUCUAUCGCCAUGUUUCUCCUUCGCAGAGCACCGGUUGUUUCCUACCCAACUCAAAGUCUCCUGUUCUCACGCCCGUCUCACGAACAAGUACAAAAGAGAGUAUACGAGCGUUAUGAUUGUCCCGACUGGAAUAGGGGCAUCUAUUGGUGGCUUCGCCGGCGAUGCCUUGCCCGUUGCUCGAACUCUUGCAUCCGUCGUGGAUUGCCUUAUUUCCCAUCCAAAUGUUCUUAAUGCUGCAAUGCUUUACUGGCCAAUGCCUAAUGUAUUGUAUGUAGAGGGUUAUGCUCUUGAUCGAUUUGCGGAAGGUGCAUGGUCAUUGUUGCCUGUACAUCAAAACAGGGUGGGACUGGUUCUUGAUGCUGGGAUGGAGGAAGAACUCAGAGUUCGGCAUCUACAAGUGGCUGAUGCAACAAGGGCUUCCUUGGGACUACCGGUUAUUGAGUAUAUUGUCACUGAUACCCCUUUAGAGGUGGAAAAAUGGGUGGAUCCGAUGAGUGGACAGUCGACCGGGAGGAUGAAACACCCCGAUUCACUACUGAGAGCCGUUAGUGCACUGGUAAAUCAAUCAAGGGUGAAUGCUGUUGCUGUUGUGGCCCGCUUCCCGGAUGAUAACAGUAGUGAAGAUGUGGAUGAUUACAGACAGGGAAAGGGAAUUGAUCUGUUGGCAGGAGUGGAGGCGGUGAUAAGCCAUAUGGUUGUGAAGGAGUUUGAGAUUCCCUGUGCUCAUGCUCCUGCUCUGCCACCGAUGGCUCUCACCACAUCUUUGAGUCCAAAAUCAGCUGCAGAAGAGAUAGGAUACACAUUCUUGCCAUGCGUGCUUGCUGGUUUAAGUAGUGCACCACAGUACCUGAAGGCGGCGAAUUACUUAGACUCCUCUUCCCCCCGACCAUUAGUGUUGCAAAAGGAUUGCUUAAUGGCGAGUGACGUGGAUAGCGUAAUUCUCCCGGCAGAUGCUUGUGGUGGGGAUGGAGCUCUAGCAUUUGCUGCAACUUUUCCCAAAAGGAUCAAGCCACUAAUAAUUGUUGUUGAAGAGAAUGAUACGGUUCUCAAUGACACACCGGAUAAACUUGGAAUAGAAGCGAUAAAAGUGUCGAAUUAUUGGGAGGCCAUAGGAGUUGUUGCAGCUCACAAGGCAGGAGUAGAACCAAAUUCUCUUAGAAGAAACAAGAUAAGUAACAUUAAUUAUUCCAUGCAUUCUUAAAUUAAUAAUAUAACAUGAUGAUGAUGAACUAGCUAGCCCCAAAGACCGUUUGGAAAGUCAGUUGUUAAUGUCCAGGAGGUGAGUUUGGAGUAGUCUACUAGUAGCAAAAGGUUCCCUAAAACGAAAUCAAAGUCAUAUAUAUUUUUUGCAAUGUCCGUCCGUCCAUAUAGGUAUUAAUUAAAGUGUAUUGAUCUCAUUUAAUAAUAAAUGAUUGCAUAUAUAAUAAUAAAUGAUUGAACAAGGAAAAAAGUAUGAAAUGAAUUGAUAGGUAGGUAGGUGAUCUGAAUUAGGUGCAGGGGGGUGCAGUAGCAGGUGAAUUAGUUGCGGGUGGAAGAUGGAUCCACUCGAUUUGAAUUAGUACCUCCCCAGUUUUAACGUUCUUCAACCUCAGAUGCAUGUCUUGGACCAAUUUCCCCUUGAUCCAAUAUACGCAGCUGUCGUUAACUAGGGAAUUUAAUUCUGUAUUCGCUUCAACCCUUUUGAUGAUAUGAUGAUCAUCUAAUUCUCCUCCACCAUCCUCCUUCUCCUUCUCCUUCUCCGGGGGAUUUGGAGAGCUGUUCAUUGCUUCCAUAUAAGCUUUUAUGUCGAUCUCAACUUCGCCUAUGUUGUCAUGUGGAGUGAACGUGUCUUUGUCAUACACACUCUGCAAUGCAUUGAUAACUUAUCUUCUGAUUAUAUAUUUACUAACUAGGAUUAUGAUAUCUGGAACAUUUGGAUCCUCAAUAGCAACUAUAUAUAUGUAUAUAUAUAUAUUUACUUACUAGGAUGAUUGGAACAUUUGGAUCCUCAAUAGCAAGAGUUAGCUCGUCGUUCCA